AUGAAGUUAUUAAUUUUUAGUAUAUUAUUAAUCAGUAUUCUUGCAUAUAUUACACCAACUUUAUCAAUUUCACCAUCAAUGAUGGGCAAAAAUAAUUUUGGUGAAAUUUGGACAAGUUGUGGAACUGAUAAUGAUCAUUUUAAAAUUUCAAGUGUAACUAUUAAACCUGAUCCACCAGUUAAAAACUCUGCUGUAACUAUUGUAGCAUCAGGCAUAUUGGAUGAAGAUAUUACCGGUGGUGAAAUUCAUGUUGUUGUAAAAUUCGGAUUCAUAACAUUAUUUAAAAAAAUAGAAAAUAUUUGUGACCCAUCCAUCCCAGUUGGAUGCCCAAUCAAAGCAGGACCUUAUAAUCGUACUGUUACUACACCAGUUAUUCCACAACAAUCUCCAGUAGGUAAAUAUGAUGGGAAUAUAGUUGUUUAUGAUUCAAAUAAUCAAGAGGUAGCCUGUGUUAAUGUAGCUUUCACCCUUCAUUAAUAAUAUAAAAUUUAAAUAAAUAAAUACACACAUUAUUAU